UACCUUGACGCACGGCAGUGAUUCGUUUGUUUUUUAAUAUGGCAAGAAGAAUUAAGGAACCUGCCGAAGGUUUUGUGGAAAGUUGAUUGAGGAAGAGCUCCUCACCGUAGACGAAUAUUAUUGGAAAUAAAGAUUUAGAUUUUUGCAUUUUAUAGCGAGAAUGUAUGAUCCGUGAUUGAGGUGCUUAUGUGAGGUCGAUUGUAGGUGGGCUGUUUCGGAAAUUAGAAUAUGAGCAGAAGGAAGAAAGGAAUAAAAUAAUAAGCAGCUCAAAAUAUUAAAAUGAUGGUGGUGUUGCAUACAAUUUUUUCGGGUCUAUUGUGCCUGCAGUGCAUUUCUUCAGUUAUAUGUACACCACAGAAAGAUUAUUUUGAUGAGGAGCUGUUAUUGAAGCCCUUACCCAGUGGUCAUGUUUAUGCGUAUUUCCAGUUCACAACUUUGUGGGAUGUUGAUUUUGAAGCCACUUCUUUUCAACAUUGCCAUCUGUUCCCACGGGCUCUUGGAGAAAUUGUAGGCCGCUACAAUGUCCAGGAGCUUCACAUUAGCCUUACUGAAGGGCUUUGGAGACAUGAAACUUGGGGUUAUCCUGUACAUGAUGCAGCACCUGGAGCUGAACUCUGGGCAUGGUUUAAAGAAAGCACAAAAAACAUUGAUAAAACUUGGAAGGAACUGGCAGGAGCUCUGUCAGGGUUACUCUGUGUUUCAUUCAAUUUUGUUGAUGCAUCAAACAGUUUGAAUCCUGAAUUCACUUUUCGACCAGCUGGAAUUGUAUCAAGUGGAGCCGUGAAUUCAUCAUACCUCCGUUAUUCCACUCUUCCAAGAGAAAUUGUUUGUACUGAAAAUUUGACCCCAUGGAAGAAGCUUCUGCCUUGUGAUGCUAAGAAAGGGCUGUCAACGUUGCUGAAUGCUGGCCAUAUUCAUAACACCAACUACCAUUCUCUGGGACUUCAUUUACGACCAGUAUGCAGGGAUACCACCUGUUCCCAGAUGUCAGUGGAGCUACGGCAGACAGUGUCCCUGGUAUACGACAUGGUCAUACUAGGAACAGGGAAUCAAGAUUGGUCCAUAAAGAAGCUUUUUGGAAUCGGUUUGAGUGGAGCAUGUCCCCUUGCUACAAUGAGUAAUAUUUACAUUGACAUUGCACUAAAUGAGACAGGAGCUCAUUUUCAGUUGACUCCAACUCCACCAGCAGUAAUUACCAGUACUCGUGGUGGCCACAAGAGCAAGUUUGCUGUUUAUGAUAUCAAGGCACUGGACAUUGAUGGCAUGUUCAAUAUUGCAGCAGUUUAUAGUUCAUCGCGAGUUUAUGGAGUUAACAUUCCACCAGUAUUAUUUGCUAAUAGAUACAUUAUUGGCUAUGGCCAGGAACGUGGAGGAAUUGUCACCAAACUACACAAUGGACACUGGCAAGCACUGGAUGUUGUAUAUUUGGAAAACAUUCCAUGGUUUAUACCAUUGUAUCUUCAUACCCUCAAGAUUGUUGCAAAUGGAAAAGAAAUCAAACCGUUGUUGAAGCGGUUCAUACCUGGAAAAGCACGAGCUCGACCCUACUACCUUGAGGUUGCUUUGAGACUUCCUGCAAGAUCCAUAACUGAGAUAUCUCUUGAAUUUGAUUAUGUGUUCCUGAAGUGGCAAGAAUAUCCUCCUGAUGCUAAUCAUGGUUUCUACAUUGGUGCAGCUGUCAUCACAUCUCUUCUGCCGGUUGGCAGAAACUAUACAGGCCUCCCACAGGAUGGCAGCACUAUUACCUCAAGUUUCAAUGCGUCACGAGAUGGUUAUUUGGUUCAGCUCAGGACAGAAACGCUGAUUAUUACAAUGCCCACACCAGACUUUAGCAUGCCAUACAAUGUCAUUUGUCUUACCUGUACUGUGAUUGCUCUGGCAUUUGGACCUCUUCACAAUAUCACCACCAAAAGGUUAAGACUGAAGAAUAAGGAACAGAACUAUGUUAUUAGAUGGUUCAAAUCUAAGUUGACACGAUCAUCAGAAAUGAAAGAGAAACAGAGCUGAAGGACUGCUGGUGGUAAUGCAUCUGCAAGCAAUGUCGCUGUUGUGUGGUUAUUGUAAAAAUGAAUGUAGCCCCAAAGAUAUUUUAAGAGAUGGAAUAAACAGUUACCAUUAAUUCCCUUCCACAAAGAGAAGGAAGCAUACUAUGACAUGGCAGCUGAAAGCCAGAAUAGUGGAAGAAGAAAAGGUGACCAUUGCUAGGCAAUGGCAUGGUAAACACGUUUCUGUGGAACGAAUAAAGAUGCAACUGUUGGAAGGAGUGUUUUCUGGGUGGUCCACACCGAGGCUAUAUAAUGAGGACCAUUGGGACCUCCUAUUAUUAAGUAGUCUUAAAUUGCAUUGGUAAUGGUUUCUAACAAUGGGAAUACCUAGGCCAUUGUCUAACAAUGGCCACUUCUAGUUAUUCCACUAUUCUGGCUUUCAGCCAUUGUGUCAUAAUAUAUACAUGCUAUAUAAUAUGUUUGUACUGUUUGUGCAACCAUGUGACAUUUUUAGUUAUUAGUUGCUUAUGCAAGUGCAAUCCGACAGUAAUAAAAGU